UUGGUAACACUAUCCAGUGGUUUCAGAUCUAGUAAAAUGGGACAUCUCCAGCUGUCUCAAGUGUCUUGAAAGAGGUGGAAGAGGUUGAGUUCUGACUGGUCAAAUGAAACGUUUACCAUCGCAGUUUGACCCACCACGGCUGUUGUAGUUAGAAGAAGAUUAAUGGGUUUUGACGUGGAGUAUUUCCGCAAAAACUGGAUUGAGAAGCGACAUGUAAUUUAGCUGGUUGCCGUUUUAGCUAGCUAGAUUGAAACGGAUUUUAGGGUCCCAGGUAUACCAUUUUUGUUCGCCCCUCAUAAAACAGAACAUCAUGAUUAAAGCCAUACUAAUAUUCAACAACCAUGGAAAACCUCGGCUUUCUAAAUUCUACGAGCAUUACAGUGAAGACACAGAACAACAAAUCAUCAGAGAAACAUUUCAUCUGGUAUCCAAAAGGGAUGAGAAUGUCUGCAAUUUCCUAGAAGGUGGAAUGUUGAUCGGUGGGUCAGAGAACAAGCUCAUCUACAGACACUAUGCUACGCUCUACUUCGUAUUCUGCGUCGAUUCCUCGGAGAGUGAGCUUGGCAUCCUUGACCUUAUCCAGGUGUUUGUGGAAACCCUGGACAAAUGCUUUGAGAAUGUUUGUGAACUUGACUUAAUUUUCCACGUGGACAAGGUACACAAUAUACUGGCAGAGAUGGUGAUGGGAGGAAUGGUGCUAGAGACCAACAUGAAUGAGAUCAUCACACAGGUGGACGCCCAAAACAAAAUGGAGAAAUCGGAGGCUGGUAUUGCAGGUGCACCUGCUCGUGCUGUAUCUGCCGUAAAGAACAUGAACCUUCCCGAAAUGCCCAGAAACAUCAACAUCGGAGACAUAAGCAUAAAAGUGCCAAACUUGCCCUCCUUCAAAUAGCGGCAUGAUCCACUGUGCCGAAGUUGACCAAUGUUUACCAUGCAAUUUGUUUACCAAAAUCUAAACAAAUAUCAACAAAGAUCAUGAAGGUACUGUGUGAAUUCCUUUUGGUGUUAAAUCAUUCUUUGUUUCCUUGUUUUAAAUGACUGUCAUUGAUGUGGCUAUGUUUGAGAAAAUUAAGUAUUUAUUUAUUACAUUCCUCUACCCUCACUGGAGGUGUUCCAUUAUGUAUUGGCUGCUACAGUAUUGGAAAAUCAUACCUUAGUAGUUUGUAAAACAAACUGAACAGAAUAUUCUUAUAUACAAUAUGAUGGAAUUGUAUCUUUGUCACGUCUGUAUACAACAUAUUAAAUGAUCUUGUCUUAUCAAAUUAUUUUCUCUUGAUUUUAAUCAGUGCAUGUACGUUUUUUUUUCCUUUUUGCAACUCAAUAAAAUAUUGAUUAAUUUCA